CAUCAUCAUUCUUUGCAAACAAAGCAACUUCAUCAUGUCACUUAUCACUAGAAAUCCUCUAGCAAUAGCACAUUAUUGCAAGAUUAAUCUAUCCUCAGGUACAUACUCCCCGUCCCAGCUAGUGCAAUGCCAAAGAGUUGAUAAAAUUUCUUCAGAAAAUCCAACAAAUAGAAGAAGAAGCAAGGUGCAGCUUCAGAAGACGAAGGCAUCAGGUUCAGUUUACGACGUUGAAUCAAAGGAGAAGGCGCCAUUAGUGUUUCCAGAAAGCUUGGAAAGGAUUAUGGAGAAUCUGGAAGAUGAUGGAUCAUGGUGCCCUAAUUCAUUUCUCGUUCAGGGCAGUCUGUCUUCUACAAAUUUAAAACUUGCUCUUGGCAAAUGGAAACUUGGGCACUCACUUGUUAACAUAGACAUCUAUAGCCAGCUUCGUGCCAUAGACAAUCUCCAGAAGUUGGGGAUUGAUAGAUAUUGCAGAAGUGAGAUAGAAAAUGUUCUGGAUAACAUUUAUAGAUACUGGCUGCAGAAAGAUGAAAAGAUAUUUUCCGAUAUCAACUGUACCACCCUAGGAUUUCGUCUAUUACGGAUGAAUGCAUAUAAUGUUUCUUCUGAUGAACUGGCACAAUUCUCUGAAGAAGAACAUUUCUUCAAUUCAGCAAGUCCACAAUUCAGAAAUACAAACACAAUUUUGGAAUUAUUCAAAGCCUCAAAGAUGAUAAUUUACCAACAAGAAUCCAUUCUUGAGAAGCUAGAAGCUUGGACAGGUUCUUUCUUGAAACAACAACUACUAACUUGUGCUAUUAAAGACCAUAAACUACAAGAGGAGGUUGAUCAUGCUCUAAGAUACCGGUACGACAGACUAGAUUUUCUUGAGAGUCGGUGGACAAUAGAGCACCAGAAAAAAAACGCCGGGAGUUCUAAUGACGGCAAUAACGAUAUAUUGGAACUCGCAAUCGAAGAUUAUAAUAUGUGCCAAUCCAUAUAUCAAGAAGAGUACAAAGAUCUUGAGAGAUGGGUGAAAGAGUGCAGAUUUGAUGAACUGAAAUUUGCAAGGAUUCUACUACUCUACUGCUACUAUCCCAACACUGCAGUUCUUGUUGCCCCUGAAUUGGCAGAUGCUAGACUUUCCAUUACUAAAAAUUGCAUUCUAGCUACUGUUAUUGACGACUUCUUUGACGUUGCUGGUUCUAAAGAAGAAUUGGAAAACCUGAAUCAGAUGGUCGCAAGGUGGGGAGAAACUUCAGACGUCGCCUACUGCUCCGGGCAAGUUGAGAUCAUUUUUUUGGCAUUCAGAGACAUGAUCAAAGAGCUUGACACUAUUGCGUUCAAACAUCAUGGAAGAAGUAUUGAGCACCACUUGGUCAAAAUAUGGCAUGAUUUGCUAAAGUCUAUGAUGAAAGAAGCUGAAUGGGCUCGAGAUAAUGCUACGCCGUCACUAGAUGAGUACAUGGAAAAUGCAUACAUCUCUUUUGCCUUGGGACCUAUCUGUCACAUAACUACCUAUUUUCUUGGGAUAACCUUAGCUGAAGAAGUUAUGGCAGGGCCAGAAAUCUAUAAUCUAUUUAAGCAUGUCAGCCUAGUAGGUCGACUUCUCAACGAUCUCAAAUCUUUCAAGAGAGAACGUGAGCAAGGAAAAUACAACAGUGUAUCGAUACGGAUACUUCAUAGUCAGGGGACUAUGACGGAAGAAGAAGCCAUCAAUGAGACAAAAAGAGACAUUGAGAGGUAUAGAAAAGAAUUGCUACGAAUAGUAGUGGAAAAGGAAAAGAGUUCCGUUCCAAAACCUUUCAGGGAUUUCUUUUGGAAAUCAUGCAAUGUAAUGCACUACUUUUACAUGGACAAUGAUGGGUACUCGAGCCCAAAAGAUGAAAUGGCUAAUGAUGCAAAAGUCGUAUUGUGGGAACCAAUCACUUCCUAAUAUUGGGAUUGAACUCUUAGAUUUAUUUUUUUUUGGUCGACUGAAUUCUUUGAUUAGAACCCAAGAGAAUCUUGUAAAAUAUGGGGCAUCCCGUUUGUAGCUAAAAUAUCUUAAAUAAAUAAGUGU